GGGCGCAGCAGUAUUAGUCGGGACAAUGCGAGAAACGGUUAAUCCUCAUUCAGUAUGUGAUUCCAACAGGAUUCAAAUGUAAAAAGUUUGAAUAAUUAGUUUCAAAUUUUAGUGUUUUUCAUGAAACGGUUGAGUAUUAAGUGAAAAAAUUUCGAAAAAAGGUUUGCAACCGUCGAAACAACUUGCCAUUAGUAAUUUCUCCAGUCGCUCGUUUCAAUCGAAGAAUGAUUUUUCGUCGUGACUACCGAAGAUGUUCUCUUAGCAAAGGCAGAAAAAGGUUAAUAGCAACUUUGCAAUUAGUGUGAAAUAAUAGCUCGUAACAUAGUGUAAAUAUUGUUUUUCUUAGGAAAAGUAUUGAAGGGCAAGAAAAUUGAGAUCGUCCUUAGGAUGUAUUCCGCAGUGGUUAAAAAAAAGUUGAAAGAAAAAAACUGGUAGCGCUACUUGUGUGCUAUUAGUUAGUUUCGUUAGCAAUAUGAGAUGUGUUAAAUGUGGGAUGCGAGGAAAGUAAAUGAAAUAAUGGGAUUAAAAGUGGAAAGCUAUAGUUUAAUGCGGUUACAAAACACAAAAUCUCAUUCAUUCAGAAAAUCAGCAGCAGGCAGAGGCAUAUCGUCUGUACCUUGGCGUUCGUCCUGGAAGAAUUAUCGCUGGCUAUCUAAGAAUACAAAGAAUGGUGCGAGGAAUUGAAUCUCAACGAUAUUCUUGGCAGUUGUAGUGCGUAUAGUAAUCAAGAGCAAAGUAUCAUCUUGUUACAUAUUUCUAUAAUCUACAAGUGGCUGUUGAUACAAAUAAAAAAGAAAGAAAAUGUGAGCCAAACGAGUGUUUUAGAGAUGUGUUUAAAUUUAUGCAUAUGAUUUCGAAAAUUUGGAAACAUAUAGUUAAAAAAGAGGACUCCGCAACAUCAAUGGGAGUGACGGAAUUAGUGACAUUUCGAAUAUUGUUUAUAGCUUGCCGAUAAAAAUUACAAGCCAACAUGCCAGGAGGUAGACGGGGCCUUGUGGCUCCUCAAAACACAUUCUUGGAGAACAUCAUUCGCCGGUCUAACUCGCAACCGGACAGUUCCUUUUUGUUAGCAAAUGCUCAAAUUGUCGAUUUUCCAAUCGUUUACUGCAAUGAGGCGUUCUGUAAGAUUAGCGGCUAUAACCGAGCAGAGGUUAUGCAAAAAUCUUGCAGAUGUGGUUUCAUGUACGGUGAACUGACAGAAAAAGAAACGGUGGCACGGGUGGAGUACUCUUUAGAACAUCAGCAGCAUGAUCAGUUUGAAGUUUUACUCUAUAAGAAGAACAAAACGCCACUGUGGCUCCUGCUACAAGUGGCGCCCAUCCGAAAUGAACGAGACCUGGUCGUGCUGUUUUUGCUCACGUUUCGAGAUAUUACGGCUCUCAAACAGCCUAUUGACAGCGAGGAUACGAAAGGAGGGUUGUCGAAAUUCGCCAAGCUGGCUCGAUCCGUAACCCGCAGUCGUCAAUUCAGUGCUCAUUUACCUACGCUAAAGGAUCCUACAAAGCAAUCAAAUCUAGCUCAUAUGAUGUCAUUAAGUGCCGAUGUUAUGCCACAAUAUCGUCAAGAAGCGCCAAAAACACCGCCGCAUAUUUUACUGCAUUAUUGUGCAUUCAAAGCAAUCUGGGAUUGGGUGAUAUUGUGUUUAACGUUUUAUACAGCAAUUAUGGUACCAUACAAUGUAGCCUUCAAGAACAAAACAUCUGAGGAUGUGUCACUACUAGUGGUCGAUUCGAUAGUCGAUGUAAUAUUCUUCAUAGAUAUCGUACUAAACUUCCACACAACUUUCGUUGGCCCUGGAGGAGAAGUGGUUAGUGAUCCAAAGGUUAUUCGCAUGAAUUAUUUAAAAUCGUGGUUUAUAAUAGACUUACUCAGUUGUCUACCCUACGACGUUUUCAACGCAUUCGAUCACGAUGAAGAUGGAAUCGGAUCACUUUUCAGUGCACUAAAAGUAGUUCGACUGCUUCGAUUAGGACGCGUUGUAAGGAAACUGGAUAGGUAUCUGGAGUAUGGCGCCGCAAUGUUAAUCCUUCUGCUAUGUUUUUAUAUGCUAGUAGCCCACUGGUUGGCUUGUAUCUGGUACUCGAUUGGCCGUAGCGACGCAGAUAAUGGGGUCCAGUACAGUUGGCUAUGGAAAUUGGCGAAUGUCACACAGAAUCCCUACUCGUACAUGUGGUCGAACGAAACUAAUGCACCAGAAUUGGUCAAUGGGCCAUCGAGGAAAACGAUGUAUGUUACGGCUCUAUACUUCACAAUGACAUGCAUGACAUCGGUUGGAUUCGGAAAUGUGGCUGCCGAGACGGACAACGAGAAGGUAUUCACUAUCUGCAUGAUGAUAAUUGCAGCUCUUCUGUAUGCCACCAUUUUCGGUCAUGUAACUACAAUUAUACAGCAAAUGACAUCUGCCACAGCGAAGUAUCAUGAUAUGUUGAACAACGUGCGGGAAUUUAUGAAGUUGCAUGAAGUUCCGAAGGCUCUAAGCGAACGGGUAAUGGAUUAUGUCGUGUCCACCUGGGCUAUGACCAAAGGAUUAGAUACCGACAAGGUUUUGAACUACUGCCCUAAAGACAUGAAGGCAGACAUUUGUGUGCACCUGAAUCGGAAAGUGUUUAACGAACAUCCAGCAUUUAGGCUUGCUUCAGAUGGCUGUUUACGAGCGUUAGCGAUGCAUUUUUGCAUGUCACACUCCGCCCCAGGUGAUCUGUUGUAUCAUACCGGUGAAAGUAUAGACAGCUUGUGUUUCAUCGUCACCGGAAGCCUAGAAGUGAUACAGGACGAUGAAGUGGUGGCUAUUCUGGGUAAGGGCGAUGUUUUUGGAGAUUCUUUCUGGAAAGAUUCUGCAGUCGGGCAAAGUGCUGCCAACGUACGAGCAUUAACUUACUGUGAUCUACAUGCGAUAAAACGAGAUAAAUUACUCGAAGUAUUAGACUUCUAUUCCAGUUUCGGGAACAGUUUUGCAAGGAAUUUAGUUCUGACUUAUAAUUUGAGGCAUCGUUUGAUAUUUAGGAAAGUUGCUGAUGUACGAAGAGAGAAAGAGUUGGCUGAGCGGAGGAAAAACGAGCCGCAGCUGGGUUCUAGUCAAGACCACCUGGUAAGAAAAAUAUUUUCAAAAUUUAGAAGAGCUCAGCAAAAUGCACAAGGAACAAAGGAACAAACUGGUUUCACUCAUAGCGACGUUGAGAAGGGGGAUACAGAUACAGACAAAGGAAAGUUACCAGCGAAGUUAACCCUAACCGAAGACUGUCGAAUCCUAACAACCGUCCCAUCACCGUCGCCAUCCCCAUCACCCUCUUCAGGGCCACCAUCCGCGAAAGGAGCUCGCGCCAGUAAAUGGGGUCGGCUGCUCGGUAGCUCAAGUGUUGAUUCUGCCAGCGAUACUAGCACAAAGGUAGCUGUCUCAAGAAGCUUAAGUGCACGUGAAAGUUUGCGUGAGAGUGCACAAGGUAGAGCCAGUAUUAGCUCAAGUAGUAAUGGUGGUCAAGGCAAUAAGAUUUUCCCCAAAACCCAAAAGUUGUCAGCAGGCCCUGCAACAUUGGCCCGGCAGGACACUAUCGAUGAGAGCGGCGAGGCAGAUCACACUCCCAAUCGGGAACGACCGAAUGUGGUACACAUGGAGCGUGAUGGAAGUAAGCCGCCAUCCUCUGAGCGCCAACCAACGGAGAGGGAUCGUUUGUUAGAUAGCACUAGUUCAAACAGGGAUCGGGAUCGAGAAAUCCAACGGGAGCGUGAAAGAGAAAGAGAACGUGAAAGGGAGCGUGAACGAGAACGGGAAAGGCACAUGGAUCGGAAUCUAUCUCUCGAACGAGAAAGACAAAUUGAGAUGGCUCAAUCCAGAGCCACUACAUCAGAUACGUACGAUACGGGUUUGCGAGAACAGCCCUCAACGCUAGCUCAGCGUGAUCUGAUUGCAACCGUGUUAGAUAUGAAAGUAGAUGUUCGCUUAGAAAUGCAACGGAUGGCACAAAGAAUGAGCAAAAUUGAAGAGCUAUUAAAUGAACUAAUCAAUCGAAUACAGAUCGACUCGUCCGGCCAAAGCUCACCCGGGGACAUGACCGGGGCCACUUUGGUACCGACCUCAACUGCAAGCACAAACAACCCUAGUACCGGAUCCGCCCCAUCGACAAGCAAUUUAAAUCCUCCCUCUACAACUGAAACGCCCUCUCCACACAUUCCCGGUGGUAACGGAUUGGGUCCAAUUUUGCUGCGAAAACGACGGUCCAAAAGCCGUAAAGCUCCUGCACCGCCCAAACAAAGCCCGGAGCAAACCCGGUUGCUCGAAGCUGAGUCACCUCCUUCAUCUACCACUAGGAAACGCGAGUUUCUCUAGCCCCGGAUUCUCCUGCGUCAUCAGUCAGACAACUCAAUGGAACAGUAGUAGUUGACAAGGUACCUCGUGAUCUGUUUGAUGACGACGACCGACUGCUCAUGAAAUUUGGCAGGCUGUCAAUCACUCUCUAGAAUUCACGAUAUUUAAACGUUCCAUUUUGCAGCAAUUUUAUUUAACACAGAAGUCAACGGUAUACUAGUGUGAAAACCGAAAGCCUUAUGUAUGUAAUUUCAUUAGUCGCAUCUCAUUAUUAAACUGUUUACAACCAAUGCACAGUGUGACGAAAAAGAAUCUAAAACGCGGCUACUCAAUAAUUUCAUAGAAUUCCAUGCAAAUAAUUCCCAAGUGUUUUUCAUUCAAAAGUAUCCGCAAAUGAUAGUGAGAGUUAUCGCAAACCUCAAAUCAUAUUCGUUUCGUCCAAAUUUCUGUCUUUUCUGAAUUUACUUCGAAGACUGACUGUAAAACUUGAAUGCGUCUAAAUAACUUCAAUGAAUAAAUAUACUUUAAAAGCGUAAGUAAAAAUAUGUUGUAUAAUUCAUUGAAAAAUCAAGGUAUUCUAAUUUACUGCUACAUCGAUGAUGGUUUUCAAUCAAAUUUUUGAUUCAAUUGAAGUCUCUUUCAAAGUAUCAUGGAAUUACAUGUCGUGUAGAUUUCAUUAUUUUUUUCUGAGUAUAUUAGUUGUUUUUUUAGCUCUUCAACAAACAAAUGGUGCCCAGAUGCUAACGGAAUGGUAAUGUAAUUGUGUCACCAUUCUGGCCACUUACCAGCUAUUGGUUGUUGAAAUCUAAAACUGGUAAAAGCUAUAAAAAUCAGAAUAAAUUCAUUUAGGGGUUAGCCAAAUUUUGUGCUAGGGCACAUAACCGUUCAAUUGGUUCAAGACAAACGUUUCCAAACACGAUGCCAAGAUGGGCGAUCAAUAAUUAGUUCCCUUCCGUUGACAAAAGAAAUCUCAGUUGAUUGAUAGUAAUAUUUUUUUACUAAGAAUUAUUGUUCGAAAAUUUCGUUAUUUCAAAUACUAACGAGGACAGACUUGUAUCAGCAGUUGUUACGAAAAUUGCUUUCUUUUAUAAUAUGUUUACUGAUCGGGUAAGCAUCAACUGCAAAGUCAGCUGAAACGGAAUUAAAUUCCUCAGGAAUAAUGUUGCAGUACAAAAGCUCAGCUUUGUUUAGCUUCGCCCUGGCCAACCACAACUUGUGAAGAAACAGUCUUGGUUACGUGUAUAAGUGUACUUUAACAUUAUUAUUUUCAGCAGUAAAACGAUAAACAUUCUAUUUAGUUGUAAUUUGACCUCCUUUUUUAAAUCGAGAGUUUUUGUAUCCUUGUGAAGCAAUAUACUCUACCGAAAAAUUGUUGAAAGAAAUAAGUUGCUUGAAGAAAUAUUCGAAUUUUUUUCUCACAAUUCUACCUUGUCUUUUACGAAUAAAAAGUAGUCCACUAAAAAUUUUAAAUAAGAUCUCUUUUGUAAGAUAUACAAUAUUCCUUUCGAAUAAAAAAGAUUCGUGAAUUCUCGAGACAUCCAAUUGACAGCAGCACUUUGGAGCACAAACUUUAGUUCAAGUGAGAAAAACAAAACAAGUCGUAUGAUAAGAAAGUCCUAACCAAUCGCAUCAUUGAAAAAUCAUACAUGUUUAAAGCAACAUACAAGCGACAAAAAUAACUGAAUCUUCCUAAUCACUUUUGUACAGUUUCCACUAAAAGUUUCUUUAAAACUUUCAAAACUCGAACGAAUAUAGUAUUCAUACAAAAUUUAAUAAAAUGUAUUAGUUACAACACAAAUCACGAUAGUCAGUUACGAGCUGAGUUAAAAAAAACUAGUUCAACGACAAAAUGUGGCAAUCAAUAGUUUCCUAAAAGUUAACGUAUUUUUAUACGAUACUUUUCAAUAGAAACUGGGACGUAUAUCAAAAACUCGUUUUGAUUCGUUCACUUAGAAAUUCAUUUGGUAAUUGAAAAAAGCAUUCGCUUUAGACUGAUUUUAACACAAUCAAAUUACCAUUACAAAACACAAAUGCUCUCGAUUCAUGCAUUAACGUUAUAGAAUUGUUAAUUAAAUUGAUAUUAUAGAAACACUUCGAUUUCGAUUUACUAAUAAUCACCUACUCAGCUCAUUUCUAUUGUAUAGGAAAACGAUACAAUAAUUACCAAUGGUUUCGCUACUCUACUGCUUUUGUGCACGGCUUACAAAACAUGUUAUAUGGGAAUAAUUUUUUAGGAAAAGUCGGAGCGGUAGCAUGUAAAUACAACUUUUUAUAGGCAAAUAUGAUAGGAAUCAAAACGAAAAGUAGGAAUUUUUUAAUCGAGAAUGCAAUGUAUAGCGGGUAACAAAUACAAAUCAGUUCUUUUUUACUCUUGAUAGAAAAACCGCGCGUGUUAGAAUUUUAACGUUUCUUAGUUAUGUUUUAAAAUUAUUGCCGAACAAAUGUGAUGGUGAUGUUAUCUACUGUUUGUAUCAUAGUUUGCAUAUUAGGCUAAUCGAAUUCAAUUUCUGAAAUUGGCACAUCAAAUCUCAAACGAAUUGCGUCAAAUAAUUGUAUAAAAUAUACUUCGCCUUAAACCGCUAAUCGGUUACACGCACUGCAUAAUCAUUGUCAUAAUUCUACACAUGUGUAGCUAAUUAUUGAGAAGAUUGCCUACGAACAUACACGAAAAAUUAGAGAUAAUACAUAAUAAACAUUAUUCAUUUGGGCGUCUUGAAUGUAAUCGUUCUGAGUUUCAAUUGGUUGAAGCUUUCUUAACAUAACAAACAACUUUUACCCGCACUUAUACAAUUGUUGCGAAAUUUUGGUUAGCAUCCAAUUUCAUUCUAAGCAUUUGAUAGGUGGGUUUGCGGUUCAAUGUAUUGGGCGCUGGACUCACAAGCCUCUUGUCGUACGCUCGAGCUCCGACCAGCAAGGGUUCUAAGCGUCAAUAAGAUCGUAACACUAGUGUUUUGCACGAAGAAUCGCCUUCAAAUUUGUCGAAAUAGAAUGGUGAAAUUUCUCAGAGGAUUGUAGUACCAAGACUUUACUUUGUUUUGGUUUUUAAUUUCAUAACCUUAACUAUUAUAGUGUAGUUGAACAGUUUCCGCAAAUCACGAUUUUAUUGGCAAUUAUUAAUUGGCAGAUCCAUUUCUUCUAUUGAUGAAUAUUUUAAUUAGAACUAAUAUUCUAGACGUUUAAGAAAGGUGUUUCUACUAUGAAACAGAGUUUUAUUCUUCUUCAUUUGGGAGGUGGAUUGAGAAAAUGAACUAUAAGUUACAUAUUCAGAAACUUUAUGUUGUUAUUUUAAUAGACACUACUACAGAGUUAAUUUUAUGUAAAAAUAUCGAGUCAUUCCUGAGAUAUGAUUGAUCAUAUUUGAACAUGCAAUUUACGAAGAGGUAAAAAUGACGUGCAUUGUAGAGUCUCAAGUGUUCUAAAACUAAAAAUAUUACAUGUUUUUGCAAUCUUCACUUUCAUUUUCGUAUUCUUCACUUUUAUUUAGGUCUUUCAUACACCUAUACCAUUCCAGCACAUAUUUGGUACAACGGCGUGAUGCUAAGGCCUCUCAAAAUUGCGGCUUUUUUUAUGCUGUACCAAAAACAGUAUCAUGUUUUCUACAGUUGAAAAUAGGAUUUUAGAUGCGAAUUCAGAUUUUUUUCUUUUUAAAACGAUUAUCUAUUUCGAAUUUAUCAUUUCCUGUGAACACUUUUCAUAUCCCUCUCAGUUUUAGCUUGGAGACCAGCUACACAAAUAGGUAGUUAACUGAAUGUAAUCAAUAAACAACGAAGAGGAGUUGUGAAAAUUUGAUCUUUUUCUAUCCAGUAGGAAAGAAGUAAGAGUAACUUGUAAGUGUUGCAAUUAUUUCGUGAUUCCCUUCAAAGCUAUUAAGAUUAGCAUCCAAUAAUGUUACUAUUUAAAUAUGUCAAUUUUUUCAACUUGUGCACUCAACUAGUCAAACUAGUUUUUUUGGCAAUCCACUGAACGAAAAUAUACGAAAAAUGGUUUUUAUCGUUCAAUAUAUUUAAAAUUAUUUAUUUAUUAUUUAAAAAUGAAGACUCGCUAACCGGCCUAGUGGAUUCUCGAACCUAGUUCAAGUGAUUUUAAAUAAAUUUCAAGUAAUGAAAAGUGAUGAACAAUAAACAUAAAACCUCAGAAUUUCAUUUAAAGCCAUUUCUCAAUAUCUCAAGCAAUCGAUGAGGUCAUUAUCAAGAAACAAAAACAUUGCGUAAUUUGAUUCUGCACUCAAAUUAUAAUAAUAAUAAUAAUAACUUAAUCACUUAAGAUUUUUUGACUUUGUGAAUCUCACUUGAUAUCAAGUUUCCAGGUUAAAAUAUGACCUACUCAGAAAAUGAUAUAGAUCUGUUCGAAAAAGAUCAAAAGUAUCGUUUCUUACACUUUACCAAUAACUCAAACAGACCUCACAUACCGGGCUACGAUUUUUGACGAUAUCUGUUAAGUAAGCUUUAACCAUAGUUACUAUUUUAUUGAAACUCAGUUUACAUCUACAGUGCAAGUAUGUAGCAUGGCAAUUCGAAGAAAGUUCGUAACAUGAAAACACAAUAACAAUUAAGCUAACUUAUUAAUAAACAACAAAAAUAACAAAAACUAACUAAUGUAAAUAUCUCGAAACACAUACAACAAAAUAAGUUAAGAAACAAAAACUAUGAGAUUCUAAAUAAAAGCAGCGACACAAUGAUUGAACAAA